GUACGGAGCACCAUACAGUCCUCUCCUCCCUCUGGGUACGUUGGCUACUUGGCUCCCAAUAGCUACGAGCAGCAGCAUCCCCUGGUGUAUGGUGGCACGAGACCACUAGCACUAAGCUAACCAGCAAUUUCAUCGCGCACAUCUCGAGGAAUGUAACUAACCCUGUGCAUGAUUGCAGGCUCCAUGUCUUCGGCGCCGGUGCCGGGUACCAACGGAGCAGCAGCUCCCGGGGACGAUGCCACCGGCCUCAGCGAGCCGCUGCUCGCCGUCGGCGGCAGCGACGGCGGGUUUCACGCCGGAGCGCUGACCAAAGUGGUCGUGGCUACUGCGCUCGACGGCAAAGCCAAAGCGAACAAGGGUUCCGUGAAGGCGGAGGCGAAGGACGGGUACUGGGUGGAGGUGCCCCGACAGUUGGACGCGACGGCGGCGGCGGACCUGGAGAGCGGCGGCGAAGGUGGCCGGCCGCUGAUGUUCCAGGAAAAGAAGGUCAAGGCAUCACUUCUCUACCCGUACAGGUUAUUAAUUCUGAUACGCAUCAUCGCAAUCGUCUUAUUCAUCGGAUGGCGCAUCAAGCACAACAACUCCGACGUCAUGUGGUUCUGGGUAACCUCCGUCGUCGCCGACGUCUGGUUCACCUUCUCGUGGCUGCUCUACCAGCUCCCCAAGAUCAACCCCAUCAAGAGAGUCCCCGACCUUGCCGCGCUGCAGCAGCACUACGACCUCCCUGAUGGUAGCUCCAUCCUCCCAGGCAUCGACGUCUUCGUCACCACUGCCGACUCAGUCGACGAGCCGGUGUUGUACACCAUGAACUGUGUCCUCUCCAUCCUCGCCGUCGACUACCCCAUUGACAGGUACGCGUGCUACCUGUCCGAUGACAGCGGCACGCUGAUCGAGUACGAGGCGUUGGUUGAGACCGCGAACUUCGCCGCUCUGUGGGUGCCCUUCUGCCGGAAGCACUCCAUCGAGCCGAGAGCGCCAGAAAACUACUUCCAGCGGGAGGGGAUGAUCUACACCGGCAGAUCACCGGGUGAGUUCAUGAACGACUACAGCCAUGUGUGCAUGGAGUACGAGGAGUUCAAGGCGAGGUUGGCGGCGCUGGAUGGCACUAUUCGGGAGAGAUCAGAUGUUUACAAUGCUUUAAAAGCAACAGAAGGGGAUGCAAAGGCGACUUGGAUGGCUAAUGGGACAGAGUGGCCAGGGACAUGGGUUGAGCCAGCAGAGAACCAUGUGAAAGGGCAUCAUGCAGGAGUUGUUCAGGUUGUGCUAGAGCACCCUAGUAGUAGCAGUAAGUCGCAACCUGAGGUUCAAGUGAGCAGUGUGAGCCUACUCAACUUUGACGGCGUUGAUGUACGCCUCCCAAUGCUCGUUUACAUGGCUCGUGCAAAGAGCCCAGACUACGACCACAACAAGAAGGCGGGCAACCUGAACGCGCCGCUGCGUGUGUCCGCCCUGCUCUCGAACGCGCCCUUCGUCAUCAACUUCGACUGCGACCACUACAUCAACGACUCCAAGGCCCUGCGAGCAGCUAUGUGCUUCAUGCUGGACGCAAGGGACGGAGACAACACGGCCUUCGUCCAGUUCCCCCAGCGCUUCGAGAAUGUCGACCCCACGGACCGGUACGGCAAUCACAACAGGGUUUUCUUCGAUGGAGCCAUGUACGCCCUCAACGGCUUCCAGGGGCCUUCUUUUGUUGGCACUGGCUGCAUGUUCCGCCGCCUCGCCCUCUAUGGCAUCGACCCGCCGAGAUGGAGAUCUGACGAUAUUCAGGUCGACACUGUCAAGUUCGGUAACUCUGUUCCCCUCUUGAAAUCAGUAUUGGCAGCCUUAAACCAGGAUCGCGGCAUCGUCACACCACCCGCAAACCUAGAUGACUCAUCAUUCCUUGCUGAGAUGACGACGGUCGUGUCAGCUUCCUUUGAUAUUGGGACCGAUUGGGGCAGGGGUGUUGGGUACAUAUACAAGAUAGCAACCGAGGACAUGGUGACCGGCUUUCGCAUCCACGGGCAAGGGUGGCACUCCAUGUACUGCACCAUGGAAGUGGACGCGUUCCGUGGCACCGCACCGAUCAACCUAGCCGAUCGCCUCUACCAAAUUGUUCGAUGGGCUGGUGGAUCUGUAGAGAUGUUCUUCUCCCAUAACAACCCAUUGUUCGCCGGACCCCGGCUCCACCCGAUGCAGCGGACCGUAUACCUCAACUACAACAUCUACCCCGUCACCUCGGUUUUUAUCCUACUCUAUGCAUUGUGCCCGGUGAUGUGGCUUAUCCCGGAGGAAAUACUCAUCCAGAGGCCAUUUACUAGAUAUGUCAUCUACCUCAUCAUCACUAUCGCGCUGAUUCAUAUCAUCGGCCUCCUGGAGAUAAGGUGGGCGGGCACCAACUGGCUGGAUUGGUGGCGCAACGAGCAGUUCUUCACGAUCGCCUCACUGAGUGCGUACCCGACAGUGUUGCUGCACAUGGUUGUGAAGCUCCUCACGAGGGGUAAGGGCAUCCGCUUCAAGGUCACCUCAAAGCAGACGACUGCGGAGGAUGACGACGACAAGUAUGCUGAGAUGUAUGAGCUGCGGUGGGUGCCGAUCAUGAUUCCGGCGGCGGCGGUUCUAUUCUCCAACACCAUGGCAAUCGGCGUGGCCAUGGGGAAGACGGUCGUGUAUGGUGCGGUUUGGCCUAAGGAGCAACAGAAGAAUGCGGCGUUGGGCCUGUUGUUCAACUUGUGGCUCAUGAUUCUCCUCCAACCAUUUGCUUUGGCGAUCAUAGGAAGACGGAGCAAGAAUCCCAACAUCCUCUUCGUCUUGUUUCCGGUGGCAUUCGUGGUUUUCGCAUUGGUGUACAUUGGUGUCCAUUUUUUUGUUGUCAAUUUCUUCCCGUCCAUGGAGAUAUAAAAAAUAUUGUAGUUUUAGUUGAUUAUAAUGUCAAUGUGAUCAGUGUCAAAACUUGCUGUAAGAAAUUAAUCCUUUUUUAUAUGAAAUAAAAAGGAAAAACCUUUUUUUCUGGUUAAAA